UCAGAUAGGGGCGGCGAUAAGGAAAAACUGUCUGUUACUGAAUCAGCGCACAGAGACUAUCACGGACAUUUGUAGAGCUUUUUUGAGAUGUUAUAGUAAUAAAAUAAUAACUUGGAUUGCAUUAUUGAGGAUUUUGGUGAUAAAACGAGUGAUCAGGCGAUGAUUGAUCGAUCUACUCACACAUCUCAACACACUUGAAGAAAUCUUUUCUAUAUUUCUCCAGUCCAAAUUUGUAGUGAGCUCAUCUUCAGAAUGUUUGUUUCAAAAGUAGAUAUCUCAUUAAACGAAAAUGAAGAGAAUGUUCUGCUUCAGAAGAACUACACCAAAAUUGAUGUUGAUCUCAACAAGAAUGCAAGAGGAAAUUACAUUUACCUCUGGUAUAAAAAGGAAUGCAAUCCAUGCACAGCCAUAACAAGAAUCCAGUUUUCUUUUAAAUCAGAGAUGGAGACAGGUCUAAUGCAAGCAGGUUACACAAAAAUCGAAAAAGAUCUUAAUGCAGGAGCUAGAGGAGACUACAUCUACCUGUGGUAUUUUUGUGGCAACACAGAGUUUGACCAACCGAUCACUGACCUUCAUGUAACUGUUGAUGCCGCUGAAGAAAAACUGCAGUUCUCUCAGAAAGGAUGGGAAAAAUCUUCCUGUGAUCUGAAUAGAGGAAACAAGGGUAACUGGAUCUACUUAUGGAUGAAACGAGAAACGGAAGCCUUUGUUCAAGACCUGGCAGUCACUACACAGUUCGGAGAAGACCAGUACCUGCUGAGUCAAGGUUACACCCGAGUGGAUGACGACCUUAAUCGUGGGGCUGGAGGAGCGUACGUCUUUCUCUGGUGGCGCAAAUCAACAGAAAAAAACAAACCUGUCACAGGCAUCGAUGUUUCCACUGAUCCAGAACAAGAAUUGUAUUUACAGCGGCAAGGUUACACCAAGAUCCCUGUUGAUUGCAACAAGGGAGCAAGAGGCAACUACAUCUACAUCUGGUAUCACACAAGCUCUUGCGAUAUCCCACUUACAACUGUGACCAUCUCCGUGAAAAAGAUAUCCGAUGGGGCUUUUGAAGAAGCCGGUCUGACCAAGGAAUGAAGUCAGUCCAUGGAAAUCCACACCUGUGCUGGAGAAACAUUGGAUCAAGAGACUUCUUGUGGAACCAACUAAGAGCGAAACCUGGUACAGAAGCUGAAUCCUGCUGGGAACAUGUGGAUAUGCUGGACAUGUACUAGGCGAUUUCAAAUAUGGAAUGUACUUUGAUAUAAAAAUGAAGUGUUAGAGGUUUUUUGAAGGAGGGAUAAAGAAAGAGUAUCUUUGUACCGCCAGUAGAUGCCUCUCUUGCCCCAUGAAAUAGGUCAGUCCACUCUUGUUUUGGAUUAGACAUUUAAUUAAAUACUUAGUAAUCUGGGAAUUUCUAAGAAAAUAUAUAAUGAACGAUUUACUGCUUUUAUAUCUUAUCUUCAGAAAGCAUGACGCUUGAUAAAAAGCACCAUUCAGGCUAAAAAGUGAACGUUAAUCACACCUACAAAUUCAUGUUUCUAAAAACAAGAUAAGAAAGAGAUUCUUUACAACAUAUAAAUUAACAUUAAAACUUAACAGCCAAGGUCUUAAGAAAAAAACCUGUCUCGGCUGGAUUUUGUAUGAACAAAGAACAGGGUCAAGCCUAGUUCAGUUAUUAUAAAAAAUAUAAUAACUGCUCAAAUGCAUUUAUACUGGCCUGUAUUUGGAUUUAAAUCUUAGAGGGAAUCACUAAAGAAAUAAAGUGAUAUUAUAAAUUCUAGGAGCAACUGUUAAACUGAAGUAAAUUAAUUAAGUUUAUCUUGAAAUGCCAAAUUCAUAGUUUAAAAAGGUUCAGUGCUAAUUGACACUGUUUAUAAAUUAAUAAAAUAAAUGAUCAACCCCUUUUUUAGACAGCAUGAUAUUUGAAACUAAAAAUAAUUAUUUGAUUUCAUAAGAUUAAUAAUAUGUUUUAAGUAUUUGCUAUAAUAAGAAAACAUAUUAUUUAAAACUGACAAGUAUUAUUGCUUGUUCAUGACUUUACUGCAUUGAUAAGAAGAUUAAAAGCUGGAGCAGUAUUCAAUUUAAUUACAUGGAAAAGUGGUACAGUUUCUUUCUCCUUCUAUUGAACAACAAGACCUCUAGACAUGAUAUCCAUUGAAUUAUAGAAUAUAAAAGGUGUUGUGUUAUGUUUUUGUGUUAAGUUUGUUAUAAUAUACUAUAAUGUACCUUGUUGUUAAUCCACUAUACUAUUGUCUAAUGAUGGUAGAUGGAGUCCUUAUAAUGUGGUUCUUUGAAACUGCUGCAUUGAAAAAGGGGCCUCUCUCCUUAUCAAGAUGUACGGGCUAUAGAGAAAGGAGGGGUGUCCUUGAGUUCCACUUCGGCAAAAGCUGCAGAUUUUGCAGAUUCGGAACUUAAGGUUUAUGGAGUUAGUGGCCUAGCACAGAUAAGAAUAUAUCUUGAAAUAAUAUGCAAAAAUUAUGGCUUAACAGACAUUGAUAGGUCAUAUAAAGUGUUUGCACAGACUCUGGCCUUUGAAAAAACAAGAGACUGUGGAAAUUUAUGGCAAUAGCAUAUGCUCAGAGUCAGGUACAGGUCAGAGCCUGGUUAGUGCAUCUUUUAAGGGAUGAAAAAAAUUGUAAUGAAAACUAUUACCACUUAAACUUAGUGAAACUAAUUGACUUAAAUACUGUAUGAGUCAAUCUUUUGUCAAAUACUCUGUUAGACAAUGGUAUAUGGAAUUAAAACUGACUCAUUAACAAAAUGAUGAAACAAUAUGAGGUUAAAAGAAACACAUCUUUAAUUUAGCAUAAUAUAAUCAAUUAGAAGAUGAUGUCACAUAUUAAGAACAUCUCUCAUAUAUAACACAUAUAAAAAAUAAUGUUUUGCAUGCACAUAUAACAGUAGCGUUUUUAUAUUAUAUUAUAAACCAAGAUCCUGGGAACUUUGGUUCACUUGACUUUUCAGAUAAAGGAGGGGCUCGGAGGAAAACAAGGAAUGAGAUCAUAGAGUUGAACAAUAUGAAGUCUUGAAUUUAUUGAGUACAUGACACCUAUUAAUUCUGAAAAGUUAGUCCGGAUCUUUUGAAAACUAUUAUUUGUAAAAGGGAUAGGAGCUGUCUCAACAGAUUAAUGACUGGAUUUAAUUGAGGCGUCCCAUGUAUUCCAAUGAGACGAAAAACCUAUAUAACUCCUAAGUAAUUACAAUGGAGUACCACACUCAUCCCAGACAGGGUAAUGUGGUCCAUCUUCUGCAGACCUACACAAUUGAGCUGAUUGAACUCAGUUUCAUUUGCCUGGUGAAGACAGUCAUAUUCCUUUACGAUUUAUAUUAAAGGGUAAGCAUUAAUCAAUUAUUAUUUUAUCUCACAUGUAUGUAUUGCUAUAAGGGACUCACGCUAUGUUUUAGAAAUAAGAGAGUAUUUUGUUGAAUGUGCUGAAAUAGACCAUUGGGUACUUUAGGUGACGUGUUCUUGGCCUGCUUGUCGGCCUUGAAUACAUAUAUAUAUAUAUAUAUAUAUAUAUAUAUAUAUAUAUAUAUAUAUAUAUGUGUGUGUGUGUUAAAGUGUUAACAUUGAUAUCUGUUAAGACACUGGUCUGCCCAGUGUUUCUGUCAGCUGGGGAUACGAAGUAGCCUGUAGCUACUCUAUCCAAUAUUUAACCGUUAAUAAACCGAACGAGUACUAAUCAUACUCUGAUUUGUAAAAACAAACUUUAAAUACAUGAGUCUGUCAAUUUCUUGGGUACUAUAUUAGUCAUCUGGAUAUAUUGCGGGUCAAGAGCAUAAUAAAAAUACCCCACAAGGAGUAGUACCAUCUCUGUCCUCCUGACGUCUCCCCUGAGAUAAGAGUGCAAACUGAGCAAAAUAAAAAGAGCACGUAAAGAAAACUGAACCCUCAGAUUUUGUGACAACGUUUAUCUUUACUUUAUUUCCCUUGCUCUCAGGGAAACAUGAGGAAUCAUUGACUUGGCCAUAUCAGUGCCAACAACACCCAUUCAACAUUAAAAUAUACUUGCAUGAUUAUUUUACCAUUGUACUUCAAAAUAAAUAUUUCCUACGUUCUGAUUGGAAACAAUAUCCCUCCACCAGUUUUAUUUGUAACAGUCUAUGACAGGGCGGCUGAGGGUGGUGACGUCAGACCAGAGACAAACAACAAUACAGGCAGUACUCUGGUGCAAAGCACAAAAAUAAAAGAUUAGAACAAAACACUGUUCACAGAGCAAAAUAAAGAAGUUAAAUUAAACAAGUCACAAACACAAAAACAAAACAGACCUAAGGUCAGGCUGGGCAGUGACCUUCACUGAUCCUUACUCUUUUCUUUUUAUGUUUGGUUUUUUCUCUUCUCUCGCUCUCAUUCUCUUCUCUUGAAUACCCACACCUUGAAUACAGAAAGCUGCAGGCUUUUAUAGUGGUGACCGAGGGAUUAACUAGCUAAUAAUCACAUUUUGCACAGGUUUUAAUUAUGCGUGACUGCCAGCUAAUUCAAUAUUUACUUGCUGACAGUCAUGCAUUCCCACAAGAUCAGGCGGCAACCCCAGGUGAUGCAGAGCAGGAGACAAUCCCGCCGAAGGUGAUGGCCAGUGCGGACCGUCGGGAGGCGACGGCAGGUGCGGACACUCUGAGAACGACGACGGGAGGGGAGCCCCCAGCCAAGAAGGUGGCAGCAGCAGCUCUCCUUCUCCCACUGGUGAUGGAGGCGGGAGCAGCAGGUAGUCUUCCUUCUGCCCUGGAGACAGGAAAGGGGCUUCCCCGUCUUGUGGGAGGGGACAGUUGAGUGGGAAAUGCUCCCAGCUCCCAGCUCCCAGCUGCUCUCCUUUUCCACUGCUGCAGCUGAUACCUCCUGCUUCUGGGGUCUUUCCCAGCUUCUCCGGGGUGCCUGGUGUCAGAUUUUGAACAUACUCUUUUUAUUAAUAUACAGUGCCGUGAAAAAGUAUUUGCCCCCUGUCUGAUUUUCUGCAUUUUUGCAUAUGUUUGACACUGAAUGUUAUCAGAUCUUCAACCAAAACCUAAUAUUAGAUAAAAGGGACCGUGAGUGAACAAAUGACACAAAAAUGUGAUACAUAUUUCAUUUAUUUAUUAAAGAAAGUUAUGCAACACCCAGUGCCCCCGUGUGAAAUAGUAAUUGCCCCCUUAGACUCAAUAACUGGUUCCGCCACCUUUAGCAGCAAUAACUGCAACCAAACGCUUCCUGUAGUUAUUGAUUAGUCUCUCGCAGCCCCGUGGAGGAAUUUUGGCCCACUCCUCCAUGCAGAACUGCUUUAACUCAGUGACAUUUGUGGGUUUUCGAGCAUGAACUGCUCGUUUCAGGUCCUGCCACAACAUCUCAAUGGGGUUUAAGUCUGGACUUUGACUAGGCCAAUCCAAAACUUUAAAUUUCUUGUUCUUCAACCAUUCUGAUGUAGACUUGCUUGUGUGUUUUGGAUCAUUGUCUUGCUGCAUGACCCAGCUGCACUUCAGCUUCAGCUCACGGAUGGAUGGCCUGACAUUCUCCUGUAUAAUUCUCUGAUACGGAGCAGAAUUCAUGGUUCCUUCAAUGAUGGCAAGGCGUCCAGGUCCUGAUGCAGCAAAGCAUCCCCAAACCAUGACACUACCACCACCAUGCUUGACUGUUGGUAUGAAGUUCUUACUGUAGAAUGCAGUGUUUGGUUUUCCCCAGACAUUACAGGGCCCAUGUCGGCCAAAAAGUUCCACUUCUGACUCAUCUGUCCAUAGAACAUCGUUCCAGAACUCUUGAGGAUCAUCCAGGUGCUUUUUGGUAAACUUGAGAUGAGCAUUCAUAUUCUUCUUAAUGAGCAAUAGUUUCCGCCUUGCUACUCUGCCAUAAAUGCCAUUUUUGUCCAGUGUCUUUCUGAUGGUGGAGUCAUAACCCUAACCCUAACCCUAACCCUAAAUCCUGGACGAUUUUACGACUUGCUUUUGGAGAGAUUUUGGCAGGAUGGCCACUCCUGGGAAGAUUCACUACUAUCCCAAACUUUCUCCAUUUGGACAAUAUGGCUCUGACUGUGGUUCGGUGGAGCCCCAGAGCCUUAGAAAUGGCUUUGUGACCCUUUCCAGACUGAUAGGCAUCAAUAACUUUUUUUUCCGGACGUCUUCAGGAAUUUCUUUUGUUCGUGGCAUGAUGUGCCUCUAGAACCUGUGUGCUGGCAACUUCACUCUGAUGGUAAGGGCAAAAGUUAGUCAGAUUUAUAUUGGACAGGGCUAGCCCAAAUCAGGCCUGGUUGUUAACCAAAGUACUCAAACAGCUGACCCCAAUUAUCUCUUUAAUUGGGUUGAGUUAACUAUGGGGGGGCAAUAACUUUUUCACACCUGAAGAUUGCAUGUUUGAUUACCUUGCACACCAAACAAAUGAAAGAAGCAUCAAACUUUGGUGUUAUUUUUUCUUUCAGACUCCCUUUAUAUACUACUACAACUCACAAAAAAUUCUGACCAAAUACAAUGUGAAAAAUGUGUAAAAAUGCAGCAAAUUAGACAGGGGGCAAAUUCAAGAAAAUCACACAGACUCAUUUAAUUUGAAGUUUUACGAAUCAGGGCAGUAGUAGUGACCCUUCAGUUUAUUAAAUGCUUUUGUUAAAUAUUGUAAUGUCUAAAAGAUUUUUGGUUUAGAUUGAGACAGAAACCGAACUAAUUCUUAAAUGGAUUCUUGAAAUGUAUUUGUUUACGACUGUAAGUCACUUUGGAUAAGGGCGUCUGCUAAGAA